CUCCAUGGCUUCGAAACUUCUGUUAGGGAUUCUGAUUUUCUGCAGUGUUUACAUCGUUUGUGGCAAGACCAGCCUUUCCCAAGAUGACUUGGAGUUAGAGAGACAACUGAAGACUAUGAAUAAGCCACCCAUCAAGACGUUUGUGACUAAGGAAGGGGAAACGAUUGAUUGUAUCGAUAUCAACAAACAACCGUCACUUGAUCAUCCUCUACUGAAGAAUCACAAAAUUCAGAGAAAGCCGAGCCCAAAUAUCGUCAACUCACCGACGUCUUCCUCUACCGGCAACAAGCUCGUCACGUUCGGGCCGAGGGAGCCGUGUCCGGAUGGGACAGUUCCGAUACCUCGAGUUCGAAAGGAAGAUCUAAUUAGGGCUAGAUCUCUCCUUAAGAACCCUUCUCCACUUUUUACCGUUAGCAAUGAUGAUCCGUCGCACCAUGUAAGUCUUGCAUGUCUUCGUAGAUGUACAUGGCAUAUGCUCACGCAAACGAUCUAA